AAUCCACCGUUUUUGAAUGUUGCGCGUCGGUUUCGUACAGAACUUGAACCUCUGCCAAGAUCCACUAUUAUCAUCAGUGUUUCACCUCAGAGACUGGCCAAUAACGGUUGAGCAGCCCAAACAAGUCUAGGCGAACUUAGAUCAACUUAGUCAUGGGACGUUGAAAAUAUUUUAAGCCAAGUGCGUCUAGAUGCAUCUGUAUUAUAUUAUGUUCACGAUGGUCGACGGAGUUUUAGACCAUAAAGAAAUGACCGAAGAACAUGAUGCGUCGUUAGAAGAGUUUUUCAAUGCCGCCGUCAACGGAAACGCUCACAGAUUACAGCAACUAUUGGAUGAGCACCGCAUAAAUAUCAAUGCCACGAACGAUUGGGGGCGAACAGCAAUACAGGUAUUCAAGUGUAGUAGACCAGACAUUGCGGAGAUCCUCCUAAAGCACGGGGCAGAUCCCAACAUCCAAGACAAACAUUUUCAAGACCUGCAUUUAAGUUCAUAUCGAACUCCAGCCCACGAUAUUGCGGAGCAAGGGUUUUUAGACACAAUGAAAGUUCUUUUAAAACAUGGAGCAGACGUCACUUUACGGAGCAAAAUGGGUUAUUCUCCCGCUCACAUUGCGGCAGAAAAAGGACGGUUAGAUACUCUAGAAUAUCUAUCAGGAGCGAUAGACUUAAUGAACUGUCGAGCAGACGACGGGUCUACACCCUUUGAUUUAAUUCCAAAAUCUAUUACAUUGACAGACAGGCAGAGGACGUGGGUAGAAGCUGAGAAAAAUGCGAAGCCAAAGAGUCUCAAAUAUUUAACAAGACUUCGUAUUAGACAUUGUAUGAGACAUAACCUCAAACGUCUGCAAACGUUCCCUACUCUGCCACUAUCAAUCAAGAAAUAUCUGUUGCUACAAGACUGACGGCAGUAUUAGAAAGUGAUGAAGAUAUCCUUCCUGUUCCGUGCCGUUUACGCAGGUUGAAAAGAAAGACGAGGUGCCGAGAAGACCCAGUUGCUUGGGGUCAAAUUUACACCAUUAGCAGAUGCUAUCUAAUAUUACGUGUAUAUUUGACCCAGUGUUGAUACGUGUGAAGACCCAGUUGCUUGAGGUCAAAUUUACACCAUCUGCUGAUGCUCUCUAAUAUUACGUGUAUAUUUGACCCAGUGACGGAGUUGUAAAGGGAAAAAACGUGAUAUACCUAAUUAUUCUCAAAUGAUCUCAUAGCAAGAGUUCAGUUGAAACGAUAUUCUAGUCCCUGUUGUGGAUUUCCAUGUGAAAGUGAUCUCGUCAACCGUUUACAGUCCGAAGCUUUGAUUAGUGCAUUUAAAAAAUAACGACAAGCUGUACUCAUACGCACUCUAAAAUUUGGGACAACAGAAAUCUUCACAGUUCUUGAAAGGAAAAUUAGUUUAGCUUUUAUUAAUUUAUUUAUUUUGCGUGAGAAGACGCAUCAUGUAUUUAUUUACUAAGGAGGUCAUUCACACCUAUUGUUAAAUUUAAAAUAUAGCUCUUAUCGAGAUUUUUAGUUUCGUUGUAAACAUUUUAAUGAAGGGGGGUUUAUAGACAGUAUAUUAUGUGGCUUUAUUUUUGUGUAAUUAAUGCAUUUCUUCGUAAGGCUUUUGUUCUUUUGGAUUAUUUCGAUAUUCUAUAGAAGAGUUUUAUCUGUCAAAGCUUCUGUUUUUAAUUGUUGAAACUUCACAAUAUUGUGUAACCUGUAGGCCUACAAUCUAUCUUAGAAUUAAAACAUUAAAAUAAUCAAUAUUGAUAAAUCUUUAAAAAUGCAUUUUUUAGCCUUACAAAAACUUUUUUGUGCAUGUGCUUAUUAUCCUUAAGUUUGCAUUUUCCUGCCUGAUAACACUAUGUAUAUUGAUCUAAAAGAGUUGACUCGUAAAACCUAUUCACUUACAGAUAGUGAGUCUCUUAGGAAUUAUUGUAUCAUGCAACUAUAACAAGGACAGUAAACAUCAUGUCCAAGUGAAGGGAGAAUUAAAAGUGCUCUUCCCUGUCUUUGAAUAGUCCGCAUACAUAAACAGACGAAUGUUUCAGAAAAAUACAAUGGUGUGCUAAUUUUUAUGCAUUCGCCUUUCAUUAAACGCACCAGGCUUUGACAAGGCGUGCGAACCAACUACUUUUAUCUUUUUGCAAAAUAUUUUUGUGCCACGUAUGCUUAUUAGCUUACAAUGAACUAAAUAUUCAUUUGCAUACAAAUAAAAGCUGUGAUAUGAAAAUGAUUGAUACUAAAUAUAUAUAUUUAUGGAUAUAUAUAUAUGGAUUAUGAAAUAAUAAUAUUUCGACUCGCACUUCUAUAGAAUAUCAUCUAUUCUAAGCAGAUUAUUAGAAUAACCAAGUACAAGUCGACACGUUAUAUUACAUUUUCUUUUACAUUUCACCAAU